GACCGAAUCUGACCGAAUGAAUACUCAGAUGAUCACUGGGCUAACAAAGUGGAAUCAUGGCUCACUUUUACUGCCUAUGUUGGCGUUUCUGCUGACCUUUGCGCGACAAUCGCCUCACAACGAUAUGUUCGACGGAGCGUUACUCAACUCAGUCGAGUUCGAACAGUGCUCAACGGACGGUUUUGUUGAUACAACUGUCAUCAAAGAACAUCAGAGAUCUACGGCAAUAACAGUAAAUGCACACUCCCGCAUCGAAUGGCGUAGAAAAUCUACCGACGUUGGCUUAGUGUUACAAGGAUCCAGAGAUCUACGGCAAUAACAGGAUAGGGCACAGUAAAUGUUCGCUCCCGCAUCGAAUGGCGCAGCAAAAUUUACCGACGUUGGACUAGUGUAAAAAAAAUCUCGAAAGAUAGUAUAUUUCUGUUGAGCAUCCCUCUCGGAGUUUUGCUCGAAUUCUCUCAUGAGAAGACACAUAAUAGGUCUCUUUUGAUUCUGCCGUGGGAUCACAAUU